AUGUUACAUCAGAUAGCCUGGCUGGCCACUGUUACCAUUUUGGGAGUGUUGGAACAAGGCUAUUUUGCCAUGCAGGUGAUCUAUGCUCGGCGUAAGUGCAAAGUGUCUCCUCCUGGUAUAGCAGGUCCACCAGCAUUUGAAAGAAUCUUCAGAGCCCAAGUGAACUGCUCAGAAUACUUCCCAAUAUUUCUUUCUCUGCUGUGGGUGGCUGGAAUUUUUUUCCAUCAAGCAUCAGCUGCAUUAUGUGGAUUAAUUUAUCUGUAUGCUCGCUAUCAGUACUUUAGUGGAUAUGCUUGGGCUGCGCAAGGAAGGCUGGGUCCCAUGUACUUCAGCAGUGGAGUUCUUUGUGUUCUUACUGGAUUAUCUGUGGUGGGGCUCUUCUUCCACUUUGUGCCGCUCACAUUUUUUAUUUUUUGAAGAACGUUUCUAAAUCAACUGGGAGUGCCCUUCUGCCUGCAGUCUGCCUUAAGUGUCACUCAGUUUUCACUUAUUUCUUUUCUGAAUUAGUUUUUCUAAAGAUAUAUUUUGAAAGUAAUUAUGAUAGUAUAUUAAUAUAAGUCCUUUACCUCAAAAGCAUCAGUAAAACUGCUCUCCUCGUAAGAACUUCUGAGUUUCUGUUAUUUUCAUGAAUAAGUCAUAGGCCUAAAUUAGAUAUUCAUGUGGUUAUCCUGCUGAAAGAUGAAGUUCCAUAAAGUUAAAGCUCUUUUACCUUCAAACAUCACCAGAAGUUGGAUUUCUGGAGGUCAUCUAAAUGAGGCUUCCUGUCUUUUGCUGCGAUCAGAUGUCGCACAUAAUCAUGGUUAUGGGAAAAUGUACAUGACCCUAGUUUGUUGCCAGGUUCAUAUAGAUAUAUUCUUUAUUUUUUCCUUUUCAUAUUCAGAAUUACAGUUAAAUACUAACCCCAUGAGGGACAAAUGCAGUGGGCACGUGGGUUAACUAGAGUUAGAAUUCUGGUUAGUGAGGAGAAAACGAAGUCUGGGUGAGACCCCUUUUGGAUUUCUCUUGGUGGGGCGGGGCAGGGAUCUCAGGUUAAUCCACACCUCAAAAGGGGUGUUUAGCCAUGAUUCUCAGCAUCAGAGGUGAUACUGCCUUUUGGAUAUGCUGGCACCUGUAUGCUGACAAACCAAGUCUUACCAAUUUGGUCCACAUUCUUUGCCUUUUAUUCCACUGAGCUUAGAAUGCAAGCCCCAAAUCCUCUCUCCAAGAAGCUGGGUUCCUGGUCCAGGCUAAUAAAAUGACUAACUUCUACAGCUGUGCCAUCUCAAUCAAUGAUAGGCUCUGCUAUGAAUGAAGAUAAGAUUCACUACCACUGUUUCAUUGAUGCUUGAAUGAGCUUGCCCCAGCUCAAAAGGUACCAUCAAUUUUCACUGACAUGUGAUUUUUGAAAUUGGUUUCCCUUACAUGCCACACUGACCUAGUGUGGACUACUUUGCAUAAUUCUGUCCAGCUGUUGGCCAGACUACACAAGAAGACAAAAACUUUCUUGGCUAAGGAAUCUUAGGUACAACAGAAUUCUGAGUUUAAGCUGAUAGCGUAUAUAGUUAACCAAUCAGUUACCUACAUAGCUAGCAAUUUAAUCAAGAACGGCAAAGUAGUUUUUCCAGUAUGUGAUGGUGUCAGGGUGACUUCUGUUGCCAUAUAUAUGAAGACGCGAGGUAGGGGGGUAUACUACAGUUCAAAGAUAAAUAAGGGGUUAGUCUAAGAGGAAGUUGUUCUGACCACAGCUGCACAGCUGCCAGACCCAAUCUAGCCUAGAGCUCCACUUCACUUUCAUACCUUUAUUUUUCCCUAGGUAUCUUUCCAAAUUGAACGGAAAAUAAUUGAAGUUAAUUAUAAAGCCCAUCUACCUUAGGGAACCAUGUUUGUUUAAAUUAUCAGUUACAGCAAGAGAGGACCACCACCCGGCUCACCAGUGUAUUCUAUAGGCUGUAUCUUGUAGAAUCUGUGGAUUUGGUUUUAAAAGAUACAUUCAAGUGGACAAUGGUUCACA